AUGGCCCAGGUCAGCAUCAACAGCGACCCUGAUGAGUGGGGCUGGAGCACGGACGCCGGGGAGCGGGCCCGCCUGCUGCAAAGCCCCUGUGUGGACACGGCCCCCAAGACUGACGAGGAGCCUUCUCCCGGGGGUCCGAGCAGAGGCACCACUUCCACGCUUGGCGCCGUCUUCAUCGUAGUCAACGCCUGCUUGGGGGCCGGGCUGCUCAACUUCCCAGCAGCCUUCAGCACGGCCGGGGGCGUGGCAGCUGGCAUCACACUGCAGAUGGGCAUGCUGGUUUUCAUCAUCAGCGGCCUUGUCAUCCUCGCCUACUGCUCCCAGGCCAGCAAUGAGCGGACGUACCAGGAGGUGGUGUGGGCCGUGUGCGGCAGGCUGACCGGGGUGCUGUGUGAGGUGCUCAUUGCCGUCUACACCUUCGGCACCUGCAUCGCCUUCCUCAUCAUCAUCGGAGACCAGCAGGACAAGAUUAUAGCUGUGAUGGCAAAGGAGCCUGAGGGCGCUGACAGUGGGCCCUGGUACACAGACCGCAAGCUCACCAUCAGCCUCACCGCCUUCCUCUUCAUCCUGCCCCUGUCCAUCCCCAGGGAGAUCGGCUUCCAGAAAUAUGCCAGCUUCCUGAGUGUGGUGGGCACCUGGUAUGUCACCGCCAUCGUUAUCAUCAAAUACUUCUGGCCAGAUAAAGAGAUGAGCCCGGGGGCUAUCCUGACCAGGCCCGCUUCCUGGGUAGCCGUGUUUAAUGCCAUGCCCACCAUCUGCUUCGGAUUUCAGUGCCACGUGAGUAGCGUGCCUGUCUUCAACAGCAUGCAGCGGCCCGAGGUGAAGACCUGGGGUGGGGUGGUGACAGCCGCCAUGGUCAUAGCCCUUGCUGUCUACAUGGGCACGGGCAUCUGUGGCUUUCUGACCUUUGGAGCUGCUGUGAACCCCGACGUGCUCCUGUCCUACCCAUCAGAGGACGUGGCCGUGGCCGUGGCCCGAGCCUUCAUCAUCCUCAGCGUGCUCACCUCCUAUCCCAUCCUGCACUUCUGUGGGCGGGCUGUGGUGGAAGGCCUGUGGCUGCGCUACCAGGGGGUGCCGGUGGAGGAGGACGUGGGGCGGGAGCGGCGGCGGCGAGUGCUGCAGACGCUGGUCUGGUUCCUCCUCACCCUGCUGCUGGCCCUCUUCAUCCCCGACAUCGGCAAGGUCAUCUCUGUCAUCGGAGGCCUGGCCACCUGCUUCAUCUUCAUCUUCCCAGGGCUGUGCCUCAUUCAAGCUAAACUCUCUGAGAUGGAGGAAGUCAAGCCAGCCAGCUGGUGGGCUCUGGUGGGUUACGGAGUCUUCUUGGUUACCCUUGGCGCCUUCAUCUUUGGCCAGACUACAGCAAAUGCCAUCUUUGUGGACCUCUUGGCCUAA